AUGGCGUUCGAGGGGUUCUUUCCACACCCGCCGGCAAUAUUCUUCUUGGUUCUUCGAGGAGCGGGUGCGGCCGGUACCGACGCGGAUGUUGUCGGUGCUGCCCUCUUCGAGCCGGCCGCCUUGACCUUCUCUGCGGGCUUCAGCCCCUUCUGCUUCAACGGAGCAGCACCAGAUGUAGUCGACGCACCACGAACGUCAAGUAGGUGGCUCUAUCCGCGGCCACCGCCUCCUGACGCAGCUGCCGCUCCAGGUCCUCCCGCCGCCGACGGUGAUCCAACUCCUGCCUCUGUAGUCCUGAAUCUGCGUCUCCUCCCGCUGCAACCGCCGCAGUGCAAGCUCCUCACACACCCUCUAGCAUCGCGCCUCCCACCGGCGCUGGCUCAGCGCCUCCCGCCGCCGCCGCGCCUCCUGGAACUCCAACCGCUCCGCCUCCUCGAGCGCCACCCGGUUCUCCUCCUCAUGGCGCCGCCGCUCCGCCUCCUGGCGCUGCCGCUCUGCCUCCCGCCGCGCCUCCCCGCGCUCCCUCCGCUCCGCCUCCUGGCGCUGUCGCUCGCCCGCGUCGUAGGCAUCUACGGUCGCCGCUAG